GAAUAGGUAAUCAGGCCCGGAACUGAGCGGACUCGCCAUUUUCAGCAGGAGACAGAUCGGGCUCCAAGUACUGUAAUCAAGGCAGGUCAUUGCAGCAAAUCUAGGCCCAUGACUUGAGUGUGUGCGUGCAGCAGAGAUUUUAGCUUACGUCUGUAGAUAUGUCGCACUCUGGGUCGCUAUAUCCCGGUGGGUCCCCCCUAUCCAUGGAGGGGGCCUCCGGCGAUGGGACCAUGGGGGAGGAAGGCGCUACAGCGAGUCCAGAGCAAGAGCUCACCGGGCAAGAGCUGAACAAGAUCCUGAAGACACUGGAGCUCGGCACGGUGCUGACCAAAUUCUUUCACAAGAGAAAGCCCGAGAACAGGACCUUCCAGGUGAAGCUGGAGACCAGACAGAUCGUGUGGAGCCGGGCACUCGGUCGGGUGGAAGGGGCAGUGGACCUAAGAGAAGUAAAGGAGAUUCGUUCCAGUAAGCAGUCCCGGGACUUCGAGCGUUUUGUGGAUGAAGCCAAGAAGUUUAAGGAGUCCCAGUGUUUUGUGAUCUGCUACGGCACUGACUUCAGGAUGAAGUUUCUAUCACUUGUUGCAAUCAGUCCAGAGGAACAGAGCCUGUGGGUUCGGGGGAUCAGAUAUCUAAUAGACAACACCAGGAAGUCACCAUGGCCACUUCAAGCAGAAAGAUGGCUACGGAAGGAGUUCUAUGACAUGGACAGAAACAGGACUAAUACAGUAACCUUGAAGGACAUUAUGGCAUUCCUUCCCAAGGUCAACCAGAAAGUGAGCAAUAAGAAGGAGCUCAAGGAAGAAUUCCAGAAAGUGGACACUGUGAACAAGUCAGAAAUAUCGUUUGAACAGUUCAAACCCCUCUACUACAAUCUCAUCCACAGAAAAGAGAUCGAAGACAAGGUCUCGGGAUGCAUUAGCGAUAGUGGAACAGUGACCAUGGUAGCUUUUCAGAAGUUUAUAUCUGAAGAACAAAGGGCAGCUAGUGAAGGUACAGCCACCAGUGCCCUCCAGUUGGAAGAGUAUGUAAAGAGAUACUUAGAUGACCCCUUGAGACAGGCAGUGGAACCAUACUUCACUGCACAAGAGUUCCUAGAAUACCUGUUUUCCCGAGAGAACUCCAUCUUCAAUGAAGCAAAGGAGAAAGAGGUUCACAUGAACAUGGACCUGCCCUUCUCCAACUACUGGAUAGCCUCCUCCCAUAACACGUAUUUAACUGGUGACCAAUUCAGCAGUGAUUCGUCAGUGGAAUCCUACAUUCAGGUCUUACGUAAGGGCUGCAGAUGUGUGGAACUGGAUUGCUGGGACGGUCCUGAUGGCAUCCCUGUGAUCUACCAUGGCCACACCCUCACCAGCAAGAUCAAGUUUCUGGACGUCAUCAGAGCAGUACGGGAUCACGCUUUUGACGUCUCCGAGUAUGCAGUCAUCCUGUCCAUAGAAAACCACUGUAAUAUAGCCCAGCAGAGAACCAUGGCAACUCUGCUGAAGGAAACCUUUGGAGAAAUGCUCCUGACCCAGCCUGUGGAUCCCAAUGCCAUGGAGCUGCCCUCCCCCAAUCAACUGAAGAGGAAAAUUAUCAUCAAGCACAAAAAGCUCCCUGACGGCAGUGAUGACACCAGGACAUCUGCCAGUAACUCCCUUGAGGAAGAUGAAGGGAGGGAGGGAGACCUGAGCAAUGCUCUGAAAAAUGGGAUCCUGCUGCUGGAAGAUCGUGUGGAUCGAACGUGGAGCGCCCAUUUCUUUAACCUGACGCCGAGACAGCUGUCCUACACUGAGGAGCAGGAGCGGAGGGUGGUGGAGGAUGAUGAUGAUGAUGAUGAAGAAGAGGAUGAGGACCAGGUGCCCGAGGAUAUCCCAAUCCAGGAGCUCCACUUCAGUGAGCCAUGGUUCUAUGGUAAGGUGGCAGGAGGGAGGAAGCAGGCAGACAAACUGCUGAGGGAGUACGUCAAGACUAAGAGCUCGCCUGACGGCUGCUUCCUGGUCAGGGACAGCGACACCUUCGUCGGAGACUUCUCUCUGACUUUCUGGAAGUCAAGUCGCCCCAACCACUGCCGUAUCCGCUCCAAACAGGACCAGGGAAAGGCCUUGUUCUAUCUCAUAGACAAUGCCGUUGACAGUCUCUACAGCAUGGUGACAUACUACCGCCAGUAUCCGCUGAAGGCUAAUGACUUUGAGCUAGUCCUGACGGAUCCCGUGGAACCACCACACAGCCAUGUUGGUAAGGACUGGUACAACUGCCCACUCAGUCGCGCCCAGGCAGAGGAAAUGCUGAAGCGAGUCCGGAAGGACGGAGCCUUCCUGGUGCGAAAGAGCGAGACGGACUCAGAGUCCUACGCAAUUUCUUUCAGGGCGGAAGGAAAGAUCAAGCAUUGCAGGAUCAAGCAGGACGGUCGACUGUUUGUCAUCGGGACGGCACAGUUCGAGAGUCUCAUCAAGCUUGUCAACUACUACAAGGAGAACGCCCUGUACAGGAGAAUGAAGCUACGCUAUGCAGUCAAUGAAGAAGUUGUCAGAAAUGUGGGACAGGAACCAGAGGAGGAGGCUAUCUACAGUGGCCCUGAUAUCUACAUGGAGCCCAACCUGUUCAUGUCCAGCGUGGCAGUGCAGGCUCUGUAUGACUACCGCGCACAGAGGGACGAUGAGCUGUCCUUCUGUAAACAUGCCAUCAUCUACAAUGUACUCAAACAGGAUGGAGGCUGGUGGCGAGGGAUGUACGGAGGUGUACGGGAGCACAAGUGGUUCCCCUCCAACUAUGUUGAAGAGAUGGACCAGAAACAGAGCAGCAUUGAGGAGAACCCACUGGGCAGUCUACAGCAAGGGGUCAUUGACAUUCAGUCCUGCACAGUGGACCUCCUACAGGGAGGGAAGGGUGAUCAAAGGUGGGUCUUUCGCAUCAUCACGCCCAUGAACGAGCGACCUCUGGAGAUCGCAGCAAGGUCAGAGGAGGAAAUGCACGAGUGGGUCGACACCAUCCGAGAUGCCGCUCGUAUGGCGGUGGUCCAAGCUGUCGAGGACAAAGACCUGGAGAGACGAAAACGUAUCGCUCGGGAACUGUCCGACCUUGUCGUAUACUGCCGGUCGGUUUCCUAUGAGGAAGGCAGGCGGGGCCAGUACUACGAGAUGUCCUCGUUCCCUGAGACCAAGAUGGAGAAGAUGGCUGUGAAGGGGAAGGCACCUAUGCUGCUGGAGUACAACCAUCACCAGUUGAGCAGGAUCUACCCCAAGGGGCAGCGGAUCGACUCCUCAAACUAUGACCCCAUGCCGCUGUGGUCGGUGGGCUGUCAACUGGUGGCGCUCAACUACCAGACGCCAGACCGUCCCAUGCAGCUGAACGAAGCCAUGUUUCAGCAGAACGGCCGCAGCGGGUACAUCCUUCAAGCUGAUUGCAUGCGGGACCCCGUAUACGACCCCUUUGUCCGUAGUACGCUGAGGGGGGUAGACCCAAUCACUGUGACUCUCACCAUCUUUGGUGGCCGCCAUUUGCCAAAGGCGGGUCGAGGCAUCGCCAGCCCCUUUGUGGAGGUGGAGGUUAUCGGAGCGGAGUAUGACAACAGCAAGUUCAAGACUGAGACAGUUAGCGACAACGGCCUCAACCCGUUGUGGACCAAGGCAGAGUGCGAGUUUGAUGUGGCCAAUCCAGACAUAGCAUUCCUACGGUUUGUCGUGCAAGACGAGGACAUGUUUGGUGAUCCCAACUUCCUAGGCCAGGCCACUUACCCAGUCAAGUCUCUCAGGAGGGGGUUCCGGUCCGUGCCUCUGAACAACGGCCACAAUGAGGAGAUAGAGAUGUCCAGCUUGCUGGUCUACAUCGACAUCUGCAAUGCAAGGGAGGAUGAUGAUGAAGACAUCUACAACAACAUUGUCACCCUACGAGACAAGACCCAGAUCCUGUUUGACAAGGUCAACAACAUCGGACGGGACCACACCAGCCCCGAGGAGCAGAACAAGUACAUGGCUGAGCUCAGGCACACGGAGGAGGAACUCUUAAAACUCAAUGAGCAGCGACGAGCGAGGAGGAACAAGAGCAGACGGGGAGCGAUAGCUGGGAUCACCAACCACAGACACAUGGCAGCCAAGAAGACACCCAGCUCUGCCAGCACCUCUUCCCUCAAGUCCCUCAGGCACUGAGGGGGGAGGGGGGCAGGGUUGCUUCAACCAACACGGAACAAUACAACUCUCGGAGAAGUUAUGCU